AUGUCAGACAACAGCAGUUUUGAUUCUGAUGGACCUGGAACUACUUUUCACGCACCACUCUCACAUUCGAUUCCCAAGCUAAAACUUUUUGGACCAGCUAAACACUGUGCCGGCUGCGGUAAAAAGUUUUCUUUGAUAAGGCUAAAGUACAAUUGCAAGAAUUGUGGGAACGUGGUCUGUAAUCGUUGUUCUGAGAAUCGGUUUGAUCUUACAAGGUUUGGUCAUUUCAAUCCAGCAAGGGUUUGUGAUAUAUGUUGUCAGGCUUUGAAUAUAUCAUCAAUGAGUCGUAAUGAGCUAUGCAAAUUGACGACUAAAACUCUACGAGACUUCAUUAUGGCAUUUGAUCUUCCACGCAAAAAUAUCAUCGAAAAAAGUGAUAUAAUCGACAUUAUUAUCUCAAAUAGACCUAUGCCCGAGCGAAAUGAAAUUUACUUUAGAGCAAAUAUCCCAAUAGCCAAACCAGAAAAUGGAUCAAAUGAUGAUGGAGUCGCAAAUGGCAAUAAUUCAAAUCACCAAGGAAAUCGCUCAACAUAUAACACCAGUAGCAACGAUAUAAAUGAAAAUCAACAAUUCAGAAAUUCGUCGUCUUCUCGAACACACGCAUCUCAAACUUCAAAUCAUACAACGACGUCAUCUCAACCAGAGCUAAAUAAUAAUAUACCUGUUGGGACGCCUUCAAUCGAGGAUAUCGUAAAGAAUAAAUAUAAUGUUUCCAAACUUUCGAUUAAAAGUCUUAAAGAAAUUCUCAUGGAAAAUCGUGUUGAUUUUUCAGGAAUUGUCGAGAAAUCUGAACUUAUUUCAAAGGUGAAUCGUGUGGUCGAGGCUACAAAAGAAGAGUUGGCUACUGAUGUUGACGCUCUUAGUGAUGACGCAUUAUGCAAGAUUUGUUGUGAUGCUGUACAAAAUUGUGUUAUUUUGGAUUGUGGUCAUAUGAGUACUUGUAUGGAUUGCGGGAAAAAGAUGCAAGAGGCAAGAAACGAAUGUCCAAUUUGUAGAGAAACGAUUGUUAAACUUGUCAGAGUAUAUCGGGCCUAA